GCGUCUAAAUCGUACAGCAGAAGGUCAGCUCGGGACUCACCGCCGCCGCACGGACACUUGUCCCGCUGGUUGCGGGUGUUGAGGUCGGUAUUAGUGUUGGUGCCGCUGCCGCCCCGCUCCCCGCCCAGCCGUUACCGCCGACGAUGCCGCCGCCGCCUCCUCGCAAUUUCAAAUCCGCCCGCCCGGACGUGCCCCAGGGCGUCACCCGGAAGUGCGUCACGGCAGGGCCGUGCGGGCUGGGCAGCGCGGGCAGGAGGAAAUAGAGAAUAAAUAAAGGGGAGGAGGAAAUAGAGAAUAAAUAGCGGGGAGGAAGGAGGAAAGAGAGACUAAAUAGCGGGGAGGAGGAAAUGGAGAAUACAUAGAGGGGAGGAGGAUCCCAACCCCCGGAAGGGCUCGGGGAAGGGCUAUGGCCGUACAGCGACAUGGCGGCGCCCGCGGUGAGUGUGUGCCAGGCGUCUGCCGAGCCACGGCGAGCCCCGGGCUUUUCUCCAGCCGCUGAGAGUUUUCCUGGGGAAAAGCCCGAGCUUUCGGUCCCUGCGUGCCCGCGGGGAUAUGAGUCGGCGCCUGGUCUCAGCAGCGCUGGGGCCGUGGCUGCUCCUGCCCUUGUGCCUGUAUUACUGCUCCCGGGUGCCGUCAUAGUGAUCCUCGUCCGUAUCUGUGGGGGAGGUCGCUUCAGGAAGUGCGGAUGGGUGGUGAAGGCUGUGGCUUCAAGGAGCUGACUUUUCAUCCUGAAAAGGGGACUUCCGAUGUCCGUGGUACAUCGUCUGACAGCGGGAUGGCUUGUGGAUCAUCUCUCCUUCAUCAACCAGUGUGGCUAUGAGAUCUGUGACUCCUUUGCACACCCUGGUGGUGUCACUCUCAAUACUUCUGUCGCGUCUGCUGAAGACUGUCGCAGUAUUUCUACUUCAGCUGCCACCCCCUCAUUAAGCAAUAGUCAUCUUUAUGAUCCCGGAGAGGCCACAGAAGCAGAAUGUAGAAGAGCAAAAAUGAGAUACGUCUUUCGGGAAGAGUUCUUUGAUAUUUCUAAGCCCCAUAUAGCUGCAGCACCUGAGGAGAAGCUGUGUCAGGGAUGCCCUGAGGUGAAUCUGACAGAAAUAAAGGCCAACAGCAACAGAGAGGAAUACCAAGAAAGAGCAAAGAGUGACACUGGAAAUUCUCUUGCCCCUGCUAGGAAGAAACGUAAAAGGAAAUGUGUAUUCAACCAAGGUGAACUGGAUGCUUUGGAAUAUCAUUCAAAGGUUAGACAGCUCAUUUGGGAAGGCACUUUGCAUUUAGUUCAAGAGGGACUCAGAAGUGGUUUUCUUCACCAUACUACUGCAAAACUCAGUUGCAGGAAGAAUAAUGUUCCUCACCACAUUGUCUGUGGGUUGGCUGAAUUAUGUGAAACGGCAAAGCAGUUUCCAGCUGUGAAUGAAAGUGACCAUCAAGGUGUACGUGUGCUAGAGGAGGAAUCCUCCAGUGCAGAGCAGGACCUGCUUUCGUGUGUCAUGGAAAACAGCUCAAACUGUGCGAAGAUAAUUGUGUUAAUGGGGCAGAAAUACUUGGUACCACCAAAAAGCAGUUUCCUCUUAUCUGAUAUUUCAUAUUUACAGCCCCUGCUGAACUACAAGAAAAAAUAUGAUGUAAUUGUGAUUGAUCCACCAUGGGAGAACAAGUCUGUUAAGAGGAGUAACAGGUACAGCCACUUGUCUUCAUGGCAAAUCAAGCAGAUUCCUGUACCAGCACUAGCUGCUCCAAAUUGUCUUGUAGUCACAUGGGUGACUAAUAGACAGAAGCACUUACGUUUUGUUAAGGAUGAGCUUUAUCCUCACUGGUCGGUGAAAACACUUGCUGAGUGGCACUGGGUAAAAAUCACUACAGCUGGAGAAUUUGUGUUGCCUUUGGAUUCUUUGCACAAAAAACCCUAUGAAGUUCUUGUACUGGGGAGAGUUCAAGGAGAUGUAAAGGAACCCUUAAGGAAAUCUGAAGGUGUUCUUCCAAUUCCAGAGCAUCAGUUAAUUGUCAGCAUACCCUGCAGUCUUCAUUCACAUAAGCCUCCUCUUGCUGCAGUUCUGGCAGAGUUUAUCAAGCCAGAUGUGGAAUGUUUGGAGUUGUUUGCUCGCAACCUACAACCUGGCUGGACCAGCUGGGGAAAUGAGGUCUUGAAGUUUCAGCACAUUGAUUAUUUCACUCUUCUGCAGAAUGAGAACUGAGCUGCAUCUUAGCUAUCUAUACCUUCUGAAAUGCCACAUCUUCCCAGGGGGCUCUUGAACUUAAUUACUGAUGGUGCACCUAAAGGUAACAAAUAAAACCAAUUGUAUCUUAGUUGGAAUUCUUUAAGUGACAGGAUAUCUGUUCAAUGCUAUCUCCCCUCUGUACAAGGUGGUCCUAUAUUUUGAUGAUCUGAACAUAUUAAAAUACUGAUGUUGUUAACAAAAAUCAGUGAAGAUAAAACUCCUUAACAGCAGUGUAGCAUUAAGAAGCAGUCAUUCUUUAUUUGACCAGAUGCACGAGGGAGUAUCUUCUCUGAAAUAUGUAUGCUGAUUAUAGAGAAAGCUCCUGUUUAUAUACAGUAUUUUACAUACAUAUUCAUUGACCUUUCUGAAUAACAUACAGACGAUAAUAAUUUCCCCCGAAUCAUUAACAUAUAUUCCCUCCCCUUUGCACACAUGUUCUUCUUUCUCAGGGGUUUCUUUGGUUGUUCUUGGUGGUCAGCCAUCCCAAAAUCAUAUUUGACCAACCACUGAACGGCAUAACUGAGCUGGUUACUUCACACUUUUCCUUCUUGGUUAAUGUUUAACAUGACCCUAGAGAAUAGGGAUUUUGUGUUUCUGUAGGCUUCUGGUUUUUGAAGAAUAAUCAUAUUAACCUACCAGGUGCAAACAAUUAUUUUAUCUGCCAACAAUGUUAGCAUGUAAGUUCAUCCCUGUUCUGUUUCAAACCUCAAGAAAAGAAAGAUAUUUUAAAGUAUUCUUCCUGCAGCUGUCAAAUCUGAGCUGAUAGCACAUUGCUACUGCUGUACUAUAGCUCUUGUGUUAUCUUUAAAGAAUUAUAAUAUAUUGUUUUUAAAGAGUCAAUGGAAGUAAACAGUUCUGAAUGAUGCAUGUUAAAGGUUUUUUUGCAAAACAAUGGAUUUUGAACUAAAAUAGUUAUGAAGGCAGUGUAUCUUCCUACAUGUUUGUAUGUGUUUGCCUCAGAGAAAAUAAAAGGAGCAGUGCUUAUGUUUAUUGGCACGUGAAUUCAUGACUGAUCAUACUCUAUGUAAAGUUAUACUUUUAAAAAAUUGGCAGUUCUCUCUGUGUAUAUGGUGUAAUUUUUUGAAUACAUUGUAAAUGAUCAAUCUCAACAUUUUAAAAAUUCUGAAAUUUUAACAGAUUAUAUGUAUUUUUAAUUACUUCAUUAUGUUUUGGAACAUUAUAGAGCCAUGCCAGUGAGCUGUAUUCUUCAGCUAACAUUAGAAUGAUCCCUUUAGAAAAAGAUUAAAGAAUGGUACACUUUGUUGUCCUUUGCUGUGCUUAGAUGUACGUUGAAAAAUACAAAGAAAAUGUAAUGAAGCCUCUGCUACUUAGUCAUUUGUAGCAGUAGAGGCAGAGAUGCUGGACAAACUGAUUUUCCAGAUGGCAGGCUCCUGAGUUCUGACUGUGUAUAAUGGAGAAUAAAUGCAUUGCCCAAUGUCUUUACCUUCAUUCCCAUUUUGGUAGCCUGGUAAGCUGUGAAGAUUUUUUAAAGUUAAACUUCAAAUGUUAACAGAGGAUUUUUUAAUAAUUUUUUAAUAAAAUGAAAAUAAAAACGUGUCUUACUUGCA